AUGGAGGAUAAGUUGGUGUGGUUGGAUUCUUCUGAUGAGAGUUUAUCUUUAUCUAUAGCCUAUGAGUUAAAGAGGAGUAAACAGGCAAUUGUUCUUUGGGAUAGAUGGGUUUGGCAUCAAUGCUUUCGUCCUCGAAACUCCAUUACUUUAUGGAAAUUUCUUCAUGAUAUAUACAUUUUCUUCUCUUACCCACUGCAACAUGGUUUUGGUACUCAAUUGCAAUUGCUUUGGUGGAGAAUGAUGGGAGCUGGCUUUUACUCUCUUUGGGACGCUAGAAAUUCUAUUCGUUUUGAUGAGCGUCGCUUAACUUCUGCUUACUUGAUUCACUCUAUCAAGCAGCAAAUUCGAGAGGUUGAUUCUUGGGGUUUUGGAAUUAUGCGUAACUCAGUAGAUGAGCUUUGUAUUUGUAGUGCUCUUGGAAUCAGCAGUAGAGCCUCAAGAACACAUCAAAUUCGUGAGGUUAAUUGGCAUGCUCCUUGUGUUUUUCAGUUAAAAGUUAAUACAGAUGGUGCUGCUCGUGGGACGCCAGGCCUCGCGGGCUUUGGAGGUAUUUUUCGUGAUCACUUGGGCAAUUGUAUGGGUUGUUUUGCUGGUUCCAUGGGUAUUGCUACUGCCCUUGAAGCAGAGCUUCAAGCCAUUAUUCAUGCCGUUUUAAUAGCAUCAGGAAAAUGA